UGGAAGUUGGAACGCGUCCAUUUUGUGAGAACGUACGAUCCCGGCUAGUCGACGCCGGUGCAAAGUAUAAUUCCCGUUCGCUGCGAGUUCACGCCGGUGUUCAGGUUCCUAGGGGCCAGUGGCUGUCUGUCCGCGGCGUCUUCGUCGGUUACAUUUGUACGGUGUUGCGUGUGGUUUCAGUAGAGGUUCGCGUUAGAGUUGGCUCGUGUGAGAACCCGACUGAGGCGCUGUGGGUUACAAGAUAGACAGGAGGACUCGUCAUUACAGCCGAGUCUUCGCGAUAGCCGUCCGAACCCAUCGUGUAUUUCGACUUGGACUGAUUUAGUGGAGGCUAGUCUAGAGUAAGAUGGCGGAGCUACAGGGGGCCCCGGUAACUCAGGACGCUCUGUCCGUAGCCCAGUUGGAACUUGGUGGGAAUCCUAACGCUUUGGCGCUGCGCAGGCCAUUUGAUCCCGUGGCACAUGAUCUGGACGCGACCUUCCGCCUUACGCGGUUCGCUGACCUAAAAGGAUGAGGGUGUAAAGUCCCUCAGGAGGUUCUUGGUAAACUCCUUGAGGGACUACAGGCGGACGAUGGUAGCGCCCAGGAUCAUGAACAUGCCCACUUUAUGCACAUGGCCAUUCCGCGCAUCGGCAUUGGUAUGGAUUCCUCCGUAACUCCUUUGAGGCACGGCGGACUCAGUCUUGUACAGACUACAGAUUUCUUCUACCCUUUGGUGGAUGAUCCAUACAUGAUGGGUAAGAUUGCUUGCGCCAACGUCAUCAGCGACCUGUACGCCAUGGGGGUAACGGAAUGUGACAACAUGUUGAUGCUCCUUGGUGUGAGUACCAAAAUGACUGAAAAGGAACGUGACGUCGUCGUUCCAUUGAUUAUGCGAGGAUUUAAGGAUUCCGCGUUGGAAGCCGGUACGACAGUCACUGGUGGUCAGACUGUCGUAAAUCCAUGGUGCACUAUUGGUGGUGUAGCUUCUACCGUCUGCCAACCUAACGAAUAUAUCGUCCCAGACAAUGCCGUCGUCGGAGACGUCCUGGUGCUAACGAAACCUUUAGGUACGCAAGUUGCUGUCAAUGCACACCAAUGGCUGGAUCAACCUGAUCGUUGGAACAGGAUCAAACUUGUUGUUAGUGAGGACGAUGUACGAAAAGCUUAUCAACGCGCGAUGGACAGCAUGGCUAGGCUUAACAGAAUAGCUGCGCGACUUAUGCACAAGUACAACGCGCACGGUGCUACUGAUGUCACAGGGUUUGGUUUGCUUGGUCAUGCACAAAAUUUAGCCAAACAUCAGAAAAACGAAGUGUCCUUCGUUAUUCACAAUCUACCAGUUAUCGCAAAGAUGGCUGCCGUUGCGAAAGCUUGCGGUAAUAUGUUCCAGUUGCUGCAAGGACAUUCGGCAGAAACUAGCGGUGGUCUUCUCAUAUGUUUACCACGCGAACAGGCGGCAGCAUACUGCAAGGAUAUCGAGAAACAGGAGGGUUAUCAAGCAUGGAUCAUUGGUAUCGUGGAGAAGGGCAAUCGUACGGCGAGAAUAAUUGACAAGCCUCGAGUGAUUGAGGUUCCUGCCAAGGAGAAAGAUGGGGAACUUUGGUAAAGGAUACAUGUAUCCAAUAUUUUCAUCGCUCUUAUGCACACACUCAGUCACUCAAUAGAAAUAGACACUGUCCCAUACGACGGUGUCACAUUAACACACGCGACACAGGCCGACAAAUAAACACAUACGUUAGUAACUACACUGUCUACUACGAGGUUGUCGUCGAGCGAGACAUAACACCUCGGUAAACAAUCAAGCAACUGAAGUCUUAUAAAUUGCGAUCAUUAGGGUACGUUUUUGUAUCUCUUAUCUAUCGUCCGUAAUCAGAAGGAGCACGAGGGUUUGUUUAAUUGAAGUAAUCGUCGUUCGAAGCUGCCGGGAAGUUCACUAAGUGUCGUUGAAAAAGAAAAUUACGCCGAACGGUAUUGGUGAUUCUAUUUGUUUCCUUGUUUCUUUUAUUGUUUUCUGGGUAUCUUCCUAUCAGCUCCGAACGUUUACUAGUGUAGAGAAAACGAGAGAGAGUAUCUGGAGUAGAUAAAAGAAAAGAACGAAAAAAUCAUAAGGGAAGAAGAUAUGCAAAAGAAAUGUUUUAGCAUAGACCUAAUAAGCUUAAGUAUACAUACUAAGUAUAGACUAAGGUAGCACUAAGCACAGGGUAGGCUUGAGCUGCAUUUUGUCAAAUCCGCAAUAUGAGUAGUAGGGAAAAACAAUAUAAAAUGAACGAAGCCAACAGUGGAAAGAAGGACCGUAAAACGAAUCAAGCUAAGUCUGUUGAAAAUGAAUAAAUAAGAAAAAGAUAAUAACAUAACGUUUGUUGGGGCCUUCUUUCUUGUCAAAGAAAACGUCAAAACUAAUAGUAAUCGCGCGCGAUGCAAAUACUUUUAAGAACUAACUGUGCUCUGCGCAUAGUGGGGACAAAAGAGAGAAAUUAAAAAGAAAAAGUGAAAAGUCGACAUCGCGCUCGUUUGGUACGUAAUGGUGAAGAUCGUCCAAGUGAAAAGCGCGCGUUGUCCAAACUCGGAGGCCUUCUCAUUGGUCCAUUUAUAUUUUUCCGUUAGCCCACAUCCACGCACGCUCGCAAAGUCGAGCAUACCACGUACCCAUAGAUCUAGGUUAUUUGCCAAGCAUUUAACGAACGCAAAACGUUCCGGCACUAAUGUGAGUUAAGUGAAGAAUAUAAAUGCGAGCCUAUUUAUCUCGUUACACGUUUAGGGGAAUUUUGAAAAAAAAAGGCGAGGCCCAGGACCCCCCUUGUAAUACUUACUUUUUCAUAUAAAUAAAAGUGCUACUUUGUCAAUAAA